CAUUCAGUUCUUCUACAAUCUCCACACACUCAUCUGCUCCUUCAAGUUCCUCCUCUGCCACAACUAAACCAUCCACAGUGCCUACUACCUCCACUACUCAGACCCCUCAAAGUAAGCCAACGGUGCCACUCGACUUCAGAAUGCUCCUGAAUUACUCAGACCAACUGGAUAACAAGUCGUCUCCUGAAUUCAUCCAACUCAGUGAUAAAGUUUCAAAAGAGCUUUACAAAGUGUUCCGCCCGCUGUACCCAAACACCCUGAUAAGAGUGAUAAUCAACAAAUUCACAAAAGGAUCUGUCAUCGCAGAAACAAAACUGGAGUUCACCUCCAACGCCACCACUGCUGAUGCCCCUCAGAGUGCAGAUGCUGUCCGAAUUCUUUACAAUUCGAUCAAUUCAUCGGGUUACGUGGGAGUCCUGCCUGUGGACCGAUUGAGCAUUCAGUCUGACACGGUCACCAUACAGCAGCUUCCUCUGUCCACCACCUCAGUGGCAUUCCAGACUCAGGUUGGCUUCAUUUCAGAUUUAUAUAGCAAUUCAAGUGUGGCAUACCAGCAGCUGGAAAAUAAGACCCUCGUGUGGUUGCUGUCCAUCCUGAAGCCAUACUACGGUGACCCGGUGCAGUUGGCGUUGAACUUCAGUAACAACUCCAACUGGGUCUCCACGAGUGUCAAGCUUCAGUUCAACACGACUGUGUUUGUCAGCUCAACGGUCCUCAUCAACAACAUCCUGCAGAGCAGCAGUCCGGUCCCACUGGUCAAGUACACGCUGACCGUCAAUGCCAUGCCAGCUGUGCCACUCGCUUACAACAUCUUCACCUACAAUCUGAGGAUUCUUAACAAGCAGUUCUCUAGUGACAUGAGUAACCGGUCAUCAGCGGCGUUUGCUGAGCUCAGCACUCAACUGAAACAAGCGCUCCUAACGCUCUUCCAAAUCAAGAAUGGCUUCACUGACCUCUACGUCACGGACAUGAAGAUGGGCUCAGUGAUCACCAGCACCACCUUCAUGUACAAACCAGACACAACCACCAGCAGCGAUGUGACCAACACCCUCCUGAGUGGAAUCUCCCAGGUCAACCUACAGGGAAUACAGCUGGACCCCUGGUCCAUAGUGGGCAGUGCCACCCCGGUCCCACCAGCUCAAACGCCCUUCCCAGGCUAUGCCAUCGCCAUCAUUGUGCUCUGUAGCUUGCUCAUCAUCCUGAUCCCAGUGGUCCUUGUGGUGGCCCUGAAGACCCGCCUGUUCAAGAAGUUGGCACGCGCCUGCUCCCUCAGGUCACCUGACUCCUUUGACCUCCGCGCUCGUCUUUACGAAGCCUUCUAGUAGCCAACAAGCUUGUCCUCUGACCUGCCAGGACCUCUGCUUAUCAUGAAAUAUUGUGGGCAAAUAUGAAGUCGAGGAGCACCCGGGCUGUCAACUACACGUCUAAGGGACUUUGAUGGACAGAUGGACGAAGAUGGCCACUUUUGUCCACUCACUGCCUUCUUCCUUGAAAUUGAGGAGAACUGCAUGCCUCAGGAAACGUUGCGUUUACAAAAGAAUUCAAAUUCUGCACUUUGGUGUCUCGUCAGACCUUCAGGAGGGGCUUGUAGAAGUGAAGGCUCCUCAAGUGUCCUCCCGAGGGGCUGACAAUGGUGGCUGGCUCUUUGGAUAAAGAAAUGCACUGCUUU